CCUUUUCCAAAUCUCUGCAGAGCUACCGAAAAAAAUAAGGUCUUCUGAAUUGUGUUCCCAGGCUUAUUUUCUUCAUUUCAUCUCCUCCUUUAUUUUCCGUCAGUCAUUUUCUCUUGGUUCAUAGUUUUAGCAACUAUGGGUGUCAUCAAAAUCAGUCAGUCAUUUGCAACUAAGGUUACUCCGGACAGGAUGUUCAAGGCUUUGAUCCUUGACUCCCACAACCUUUGCCCAAAGCUCAUGUUCUCAUCAAUAAAGAGCAUGGAAUUUGUUGAAGGCCAGGGAGAUGUUGGGAGCAUCAAACAGAUCAACUUCACUGAAGCCAGUCCUUUCAAAUACGUGAGGCACAGGAUCGAUGCCCUUGAUAAGGAGAAGUUCACGUGCAAGCACACUUUAAUCGAGGGCGAUGCAUUAAUGGAUAAGCUUGAAUAUAUUACCUAUGAGGUCAAGUUUGAGGGAUAUGGCAGAAAAGGAUGUGUCUGUAAGAUAACCAGUGAAUACAAAGCAAAGGAAGGUGUAGACAUAAAAGAAGAGGAUAUUGAGCUUGGAAAGGACAGAGCCAUAGGGAUGUAUGAAGUUGUGGAGGCCUACCUUUUGGCACACCCUCGUGCCUAUACUUAAAAUUUAAAGUUAUGUAAUGAUUUUGUGGACUGGGUUUUGUUAAAUGAUUCUAACAGACUGUA